CUGGGCCCCCAAGAGGCCUGGGAAAGCUAAAUCCCAGCACUGGCACAGGAACGUCGGAGCAGGAGGAGCCAGUGGCGCCAUCAGGACACCCAGGCCCAUGGGGCAGGAGGCCUCGGUCACCGCAGGACUGGGGCGGAAGACGAGAGGCGGCCGGCCGUGAGGGAGGCACCCUCCCUCCCUGCGCUUAGGUCACGCGGCCAUGCAGUUUGGGACAGGACACCCCUGAGAGUGCAGGCACCUCCCCCUCCCGCCCCUCCAUCCCUCUGGGGGCUGCCGCCUGGCCCCCCACCUGGUCCCCCUGGGCAGGCUGAGUUGGGGCUCCCUGCAGGGCAGUCCCGAUGGCCGGGUGUGGGUGGGGCGCACUGUGGGUGUGUGUGGCGGCCGCCACCCUGCUGCAUGCAGGCGGCCUGGCCCGUGGGGACUGCUGGCUGAUCGAGGGUGACAAGGGCUUCGUGUGGCUGGCCAUCUGCAGCCAGAACCAGCCGCCCUACGAGGCCAUCCCGCAGCAGAUCAACAACACCAUCGUGGACUUGCGGCUCAACGAGAACCGUAUCCGCAGCGUGCAGUACGCCUCGCUCAGCCGCUUCGGCAACCUCACGUACCUCAACCUCACUAAGAACGAGAUCGGCUACAUCGAGGACGGCGCCUUCUCGGGCCAGUUCAACCUGCAGGUGCUGCAGCUGGGCUACAACCGGCUGCGCAACCUCACGGAGGGCAUGCUGCGCGGCCUGGGCAAGCUGGAGUACCUGUACCUGCAGGCCAACCUCAUCGAGGUGGUCAUGGCCAGCAGCUUCUGGGAGUGCCCCAACAUUGUCAACAUCGACCUGUCCAUGAACCGCAUCCAGCAGCUCAACAGCGGCACCUUCGCCGGCCUGGCCAAGCUGUCGGUGUGCGAGCUCUACAGCAAUCCCUUCUACUGCUCCUGCGAACUGCUGGGCUUCCUGCGCUGGCUGGCCGCCUUCACCAACGCCACGCAGACCUACGACCGCAUGCAGUGCGAGUCGCCGCCCGUCUACUCUGGAUACUACCUCCUGGGCCAGGGCCGCCGUGGCCACCGCAGCAUCCUCAGCAAACUGCAGUCAGUCUGCACCGAGGACUCGUACGCGGCUGAGGUGAUCGGGCCCCCACGCCUGGCACCGGGGCGCUCACAGCCGGGUCGCUCCCCGCCGCCCCCACCUCCUCCAGAGCCCAGUGACACACCCUGUGCCGAUGAUGAGUGCUUCUCCGGGGAUGGCACCACGCCACUGGUGGCCCUGCCCACGCUGGCCACUCAGGCCGAGGCCCGCCCCCUCAUCAAGGUCAAGCAGCUCACCCAGAACUCGGCCACCAUCACCGUCCAGCUGCCCAGCCCGUUCCACCGGAUGUACACCCUGGAGCAUUUCAACAACAGCAAGGCUUCCACUGUGUCCAGGCUGACCAAGGCCCAGGAGGAGAUCCGCCUGACCAACCUGUUCACGCUCACCAACUACACCUACUGCGUGGUGUCCACCAGCGCCGGGCUGCGCCACAACCACACCUGCCUCACCAUCUGCUUGCCCCGGCUGCCCAGCCCGCCGGGCCCGGUGCCCAGCCCCUCCACGGCCACCCACUACAUCAUGACCAUCCUGGGCUGCCUCUUCGGCAUGGUGCUGGUGCUGGGUGCCGUCUACUACUGCCUGCGCAGGCGGCGGCGUCAGGAGGAGAAGCACAAGAAGGCCGCCUCUGCCGCAGCAGCUGGCAGCCUCAAGAAGACCAUCAUCGAGCUCAAGUAUGGGCCGGAGCUGGAGGCGCCCGGCCUGGCCCCGCUGUCCCAGGGCCCGCUGCUGGGCCCUGAGGCUGUGACGCAUCCCUACCUGCCUGUGGCAGGCGAGGUGGAGCAGUACAAGCUGGUGGAGAGCGCGGACACCCCCAAGACCAGCAAGGGCAGCUACAUGGAGGUGCGAACCGGGGACCCUCCGGAACGCAGGGACUGUGAGCUGGGCCGGCCGGGGCCCGACAGCCAGAGCUCGGUGGCCGAGAUCUCCACCAUCGCCAAGGAGGUGGACAAGGUCAACCAGAUCAUCAACAACUGCAUCGAUGCGCUCAAGUCCGAGUCCACCUCCUUCCAGGGCGUCAAGUCGGGGCCCGUGUCCGCCGCCGAGCCGCCGCUGGUGCUGCUGUCCGAGCCGCUGGCCGCCAAGCACGGCUUCCUGGCGCCCGGGUACAAGGACGCCUUCGGCCACAGCCUGCAGCGGCACCACAGCGUGGAGGCGGCCGGGCCCCCUCGUGCCAGCACCUCGUCCGGCAGCUCCGCGCGCAGCCCCCGCGCCUUCCGAGCCGAGGCUGUCGGGGCACACAAGGCCGCGGCCGCCGAGGCCAAGUACAUCGAGAAGGGCUCCCCCGCGGCCGACGCCAUCCUCACUGUGACGCCCGCGGCCGCCGUGCUGCGGGCCGAGGCCGAGAAGGGUCGCCAGUACGGCGAGCAUCGGCACUCGUACCCCGGCUCCCACCCGGCCGAGCCACCUGCGCCCCCCGGGCCGCCGCCACCGCCUGCGCACGAGGGUCUGGGGCGCAAGGCGUCCAUCCUGGAGCCGCUCACCCGGCCGCGGCCCCGCGACCUCGCCUACUCGCAGCUGUCCCCGCAGUACCACAGCCUGAGCUACUCCUCCAGCCCCGAGUACACCUGCCGGGCCUCCCAGAGCAUCUGGGAGCGCUUCAGACUGAGCCGCCGGCGGCACAAGGAGGAAGAGGAGUUCAUGGCCGCGGGCCACGCGCUGCGCAAGAAGGUUCAGUUCGCCAAAGACGAGGAUCUGCACGACAUCCUGGACUACUGGAAGGGCGUGUCGGCCCAGCACAAGUCCUGAGCCCCCCCAGACCCGCGAUGCCCACUGGACCAAAAAGGAUGCAGGAUCCACCCAGAGACUCACACGCACAACACCACAGCAUCCAACACACGCACAACACCACAGCAUCCAACACACGCACAACACCACAGCAACUGUGACAGCAGCCAGGGGGCCCUGCAGAGGCGAGGGGGGCGCGGGCGGGGACAGACAAGGGGGACACGUCCCGAGCUCCUGUGGCUGGUCCUGGGAUGCGCUCGCCGCCCCGGGCGGUACGUGUCCACACACACACACGCACACACACACACACACACACACACACACACGA